AAUGAAGAUAAAGGCGCCGUUCUCGAAUUCAAUGCGUGUUUGGUCAUUGUAUUUUUUCAAAAAUAUUUACCCUUAAUGGGAUGGGGCUGGUUCCUUGAUGAUAAAUUUAGAUGUUGGGAUGGGGGUUUGGUUCCUUGAUGAUAAAUUUAGAUGUGUAUUUCAAAACUGCUUGCAUAAGGAAUCGAGAUCAAUCCUUUACCAUACACGUUCUUUCUACAUAGAAGGGAUAAGAAGAUGUAUGUAUGAUACAAUAAUAAGAGGAAAAAGUGUCUUCAAUAGUUGGGAAAUUUGCGAUCAUUCUCUUAAAACCCCAAGUGGAUAUGUGGUGGUUUUUCAUUUUUUUCAAAUAUUUUUACUUAAUGGGAUGAGGGCUGGUUCGUUGUUGAUUUAUUUAGAUGUGCCUCAAAAUUAUGUAUCCAAAUCACAAUUUUUUGUAUAUCUUACCAAUUUUUGUUUGAUUGGAAGGGAUAAAGCAUGCGUCUUUUGUGAAGCCAAUUUGAAUCUCUUAAUUUAUUCUCAUUAG